AUGGUCUUACCUCACGAACCAGAAUUCCAACAAGCUUAUGAUGAAUUAGUUUCAGCUAUUGAAGAUUCCACUUUAUUCAAAGAAGAACCACAAUACAAAAAAGUUAUUCCAGUUGUCUCUGUCCCAGAAAGAAUCAUUCAAUUCAGAGUCACUUGGGAAAAUGACAAAGGUGAAAUCGAAGUCAACAACGGUUUCAGAGUUCAAUACAACUCCGCCUUAGGUCCAUACAAGGGGGGUUUACGUUUCCACCCAACUGUCAACUUGUCAAUUUUGAAAUUCUUGGGUUUUGAACAAAUUUUCAAAAACGCUUUAACCGGAUUAUCCAUGGGUGGUGGUAAAGGUGGUUCUGAUUUCAACCCCAAAAACAGAUCUGACAAUGAAAUCAGAAGAUUCUGUGUCUCUUUCAUGAGACAAUUGGCCAGAUACAUUGGUCCAGAUACCGAUGUUCCAGCUGGUGAUAUUGGUGUUGGUGGUAGAGAAGUUGGUUUCUUAUUCGGUGCUUACAAACAAAUGAGAAACAACUGGGCUGGUGUUUUAACUGGUAAAGGUUUAACCUGGGGUGGUUCUUUAAUUAGACCAGAAGCCACUGGUUACGGUUGUGUUUACUAUGUUGAAAAAAUGAUUGAAAAAGCCACUAAUGGUAAAGAAACUUUCAAAGGUAAAAGAGUUGCCAUCUCUGGUUCCGGUAACGUUGCUCAAUACGCUGCCUUGAAAGUCAUUGAAUUGGGUGGUAUUGUUGUUUCCUUAUCCGACUCUAAAGGUUCAAUUAUUUCUAAGAAUGGUAUCACUGCUGAUCAAGUUUACGCCAUUGCUGCUGCUAAAUUGAAAUUCAAGUCAUUAGAACAAAUUGUUGCUGACUCCGUACAAUUGUUCUCCGGCGACCAUUCUGUUGAAUACUUGGCUGGUGUUCGUCCAUGGACUAAAGUUGGCCAAGUCGAUGUUGCCUUGCCAUCUGCUACUCAAAACGAAGUCAGUGGUGAAGAAGCUAAAGCUUUGGUUGAUGCUGGUUGUAAAUUCAUUGCUGAAGGUUCUAAUAUGGGUUCCACCAAAGAAGCUAUCGAAGUCUUUGAAGCUAACAGAGAUUCCAACGGUGUUUGGUAUGCUCCAGGUAAAGCUGCCAACUGUGGUGGUGUUGCUGUCUCUGGUUUGGAAAUGGCUCAAAACUCUCAAAGAGUUCAAUGGACUAACGAAGAAGUUGAUGCUAAAUUGAAAGAAAUCAUGUACACUUGUUUCGACAACUGUUACAAGACUGCUCAAAAGUACUCCAUCGAAAAGAACGAAAAUGGUUUACCUUCAUUAUUGAAAGGUGCCAACAUUGCCGGUUUCAUUAAGGUUGCUGAUGCCAUGUUUGACCAAGGUGAUGUCUUUUAA